CCUGUGGUGGCUCAUUACAUUAUCUGGCAACCGGAGUGGCAGCGGACAGAACAGAGGGGAUCCCCGGGAUUUUUACGCCGAAGCCAGCAAAAUACUAACAUUAAACAUCUAAAAUCGCGGGGAACUCAGUCAGGCUCCUCCUAGACCUCUGCUGACACAGCAAAUCUUGAACUCUCAGUUCAGCAAACAGGCAGGCUGGUAACUUGGAUCCAUGCAACAUCAAGGCAUUUGUCCAAGAGGGGACAAACUGCCCUGCCUGAAAGACUGGUGAGAGCAGCCAUGUCAGAGGAGGCAGUGCGUCAAACGCGCAGCCAAAAGCGGGCUCUGGAGAGGGACCAUGCAGCUCAUGCUGGGUCCCUGGGGGACACUGACAAUAAACGGGUUAAGCUGGAGAAAGGAGGUGCAGCUGGAGCUCCCGUGGCCCUGGUGGGCUCUGGAGCUGAGGGUGUCAAGCUGAAGAGCGAGCAGGCUGCAAAAGUAGCAGCCAGCAUCCUAAAAUCUGGAGAAGUGAAAGCCACUAUUAAGGUGGAGGUGCAGACAGGAGACGAGCCUGUUGACAUGAGUACAUCCAAAAGUGUCAUUAAGAAAGAGCGGCAGCCACCAUCACCAGAUGAUGUAAUUGUGUUAUCAGAUAAUGAGCCAUCCAGUCCUCUCAUGAAUGGCCACUGCUUCACGAAGACAGACACAGAUAAACUUAUGAAAAGUUCUCCUGAGGAGAGGGAGCGCAUUAUCAAACAGCUGAAGGAGGAGCUGAGACUUCAAGAGGCCAAGCUGGUGCUGCUUAAGAAACUGCGACAGAGUCAGAUUCAGAAGGAGAGCACGGCGCAGAAGGCGGCUGGUUCUGUAGCUACUCCACCUCCACUGGUGAGGGGUAGCAUCACAUCAAGCAAAGGACCCCUCCAGGUGACAGGUCGAAGCUCAGGCACGGUGAUCCCUCCUCCCUUGGUGCGGGGUGGGCAACAUGUCCCGUCCAAACACAACUCUCAGAUUGUCAUGCCACCGCUGGUCAGAGGGGCUCAGCCUAUUGCAAUGACUCCCCAGCAGAUAGCCACUCUCCGUCAGCAACAGCAACAACAGCACAGCGGUUCAGGCCCCCCUCCACUCUUGCUGGCUCCCAGGGCUUCUGUGCCCAAUGUCCAGGUCCAGGGCCAGAGGAUCAUUCAGCAGGGACUCAUUCGGGUGGCUAAUGUGGCCAACAGCAAUGUCAUGGUCAACAUCCCUCAGGCUUCUCCAACUAGCCUAAAGGGCUCUUCAGUGUCACCUAACUCUAGCAUCAGUGACUCUCCAGCCAGUCGGCAGGCAGCUGCUAAGCUUGCACUGCGUAAGCAACUGGAGAAGACGCUGCUGGAGAUCCCCCCGCCUAAACCUCCUGCCCCUGAGUUCAACUUCCUGCCUUCAGCAGCCAAUAAUGAGUUCAUCUACUUGCUGGGGUUGGAGGAGGUGGUCCAAAAACUUCUGGAGAUGCAUGGCAGGGGUAAUCUGGGCCCAGCUGCUGCCAUGGCCAGCUCCAUUCCCAAAGAGCCUUUCACCUGUGCCCAGUGUAAGACAGACUUUACCUCCCGCUGGAGAAAGGAAAAGGCUGGGACCAUCCUCUGUGACCAAUGUAUGUCAUCCAAUCAGAAGAAGGCUCUGAAGGCUGAGCACACCAACCGGCUGAAGGCAGCCUUUGUUAAGGCACUCCAACAGGAGCAGGAGAUUGAGCAGCGUAUUCUCCAGCAGGCGGCCUCCUCCUCCUCAGUCUCUAAAACCACCUCAUCCUCCUCUCCCUCAUUGUCCAAGAGUGAGAUGCUGGUGUCCCAGCAGUACAAGCAGGUCAGGGCUGCCAUGCAGCACAAGUCUGUGGCUGCCCACCACUCCACCAUUAAGCAGAGUCAGCUGUCACACAGCCUCCAGUCUGCAGUGAGCUCUCAUGGUAUGGCCCACUCGUUCACUUCCUCCUCUUCGCUGCAGAGUGCAGUGACGGCAGCGGCGCUGGGCGGCAGGGCAGGUAAGCAUGCUGCAGCACGUCUGCUGCAGCAGGGGGCAAAGGUCAGCGGUGGCAGCAGCAGUAACCAGGGCAACGUGUCCGCCUGGAGGAAGCAGAGCGGUGGCAACACAGGUGUCACUAUGGCCUACGUGAACCCCAGCUUGUCUGCCCAUAAGACCACCUCUGCUGUCGAGCGUCAGCGAGAGUACCUGCUGGACAUGAUUCCCUCCCGUUCUAUCUCCCAAGCAGCCAACACAUGGAAAUAAUGCAAUCUCACUCCCUACUGACAUCAUAACUAUUACCCCUCUUAAUAUCUAUAACAGCCAUUCUCAUUAUCAUUCUAAUCCGUUCUAUGGACUCCGCCUCUGGCCAACACGGUGCAGGGAGAAUCUGCCUAGUUUUGUUGGAUACCGGCAUUCCUUCACCUCUUCCUCAGAUAUUUCUGCUACUAUCUUCUCUACCUGAAUUCCUCAUCCCAAAUCAGAGUUGUGCUGCAUCAGCUUGGGCUUCUGGGAUAGGAGGAAUAUGUCAAAUAGAAUUUGGGUACCUUUUUUUGAGGGUUGGGGUUUACAUGGGAGAGUACAAUUUUACGAACUUCUCCAUUGAUGUUGCCUCUCCCUCCCUGUAUAUCGAUCGAAUCUCCCAGUUGCACCAAGAGGAAAAGAUCCCUGAGUUCCCCUGCCUCUGGAUUAGGCAGGGAAAAAAAAAAUCAUGAUUAUACACAGUAAAAUAUUCGCCUUACGUCCUAUCCCUUUCCUGUCUGAGCCAGUGAGACUCUGGCCCAUGUGGUGCCCGAACCGAUCAUAACUGAAGACCUCAUCACAGGGACUGUGGUUGAGCUUUGAGGACCAUCCACGAAAUAAUAACUGCUUCAGCUUUGCAAAAAUGAGAAAUAAAAAAGGAUUGUAAAAAUGAUCUAUCUGCACACAGAGCGCCUCUUCUCUCACAGCCUGUACAGGAGAGAAGUCGACGUGUGUUGGAUUAUUUUGUAUGGCUGAAUGUUAGGAUCUUGUCUUUUCUUCUAUAAGUCAUAUACUGUGUUUGGAAUAUUGUGCUCCCCGAUACUUUGGAAGUGGCCUAUUGUCUAGGUCUGAAUUUACAGGCUAAUGUUACUGUUGAGGUGGUUUUACAUCUGCUGGGUUCCGAUGUUGUGGCCUACUUUUAAAUACUUUGUUUUUUCUAAGAUGAAGAGGAAGAAUAAAGAUUAAGGUUUCACUGACUCAUGUAAAGACACGGAGCGUAUGUUUGGAGGACUAUUCUUAUUGAAUAUAAUAAUGUUAAAAAAAAAAUCCUUCCAAAGAACUAGUGGAGCCCAAAUGGAAUCCCUUCUGCUAGAAGGUUUCUAGUUUAUUUGAACCCUCUCUAUAAACAUGAAUUCAUGCUAAACUGAGGGGGUGUAAGGAAUGUCAUAUUUUUGACAUUGUUUUGCUUUUAGUCAUAGGUUGUGGUGGAUUAUUUUUCUUCUAUAGACAAACUGUCUCUGGGUUUAUUUAUAGGGUCAUGUUAGUAAAGAUAUAUGCUUAUGCCCUAAGUUUGAAUGGAUCUCCACUUAAAUGAUUUGUUUUCUCUUGUGUGUCCAGUGGCUCCUGCUCACCUUACAAUUGGUCUGAGAGAAGCUGGACAGCUUUCAGAAUGUAGUUAUGCAAAAACCCCAAUGGCAACAAGCGACAUGAACUUCUUAGUCUUUAACAUUAAGGUGUGUAUGAUUUGUGUCAUGUCCUUUAAUUGAGCUAACUAUGCCUUUCACAUGAGCUCUUGUGCAUUUUUAUCAGGUUGCAGCAGCACAGGAUAAGCUAGUGAAGUACCAUGUGUCCUACAUUAAACAGGGGAAUUCCCAGUGCUCAUGGAGUCGAGUUAUUUUAUUAACCAUGUGCUGUUUUGUUUCAUUUCAGUCACGAGGGUGGUUCUGUUUCUCUAACCCUACCACUUAGUGAUGGCUUUACUCUGACAUUUCCGUGGCCUGUCGGAAAAUGUCACUGAAGAUUAAAAAUAUUACAAUGUUAACGUUUUGAAUUUAGGCAUUGAAAUAGAGGAACGUGUUUAUUCAUAUUUCAUCAUCUGGAUGUUUUAUAAGCAAAACAUCAAACCCAAGAGGUUGGCCACUCCAGCAGGUAUCUUCUCGCUUUCCUGUAUAUGUCCCAUUUUUAAUCGUUUUCACAUUGAAACAGUAGUGAUGAUCAUCUUAUCACCAUGCAAUUACAAAACUAGAGUCUUGCUGCCCUGUUGGAUUUGUGUCUUAUAUCCAGAGUCAGCGCACUGAUUAUUGUCAGGUUCCAUACUGAAAGGUGGUGCACUGCAUUAGGUAACUGGGCAUCUGUCGACGUUUAUCCCUCUGUACUGGGGUACCAUCACUGUACAUUUGGGUUUCAUUUAGGAUGGUGCAACAAUUUAGUAUGUGCAUUUUGCUGAUAGGAAUACAAGCAUACAAAGUUUAAUUUAAAUUGCUCAAGGAUUUGUAUUUCUGUCUCAGAGCAGUGUUGGAAAUCUUCCAGGUUGUCUGUACAUUCCUGACAGGCAGAAAGAAGGUAGCAGCCCGCGUCUUGUGGAUGCAAAAUAAGCAAUCUGGAAUGAGCCCAUCAUUUUGUGCCCUGCUAAGUGUAACCCUGUGCUGUCCUGACUACUGCCUGCUGCUGCUGCUGUUUGACAACAAUAUCACCAUUCCGUUUUGUUAGGGGUUUAACGCUCUGCUAAAUGCAGUGCAGACCCAGUGGAAAAGAAAACAAUGUAUGAGAAAUAUUUGUUUGUUUUUGGAUUUUUUUCUGCUCUAUCAAAUAAUAAUAAAACUAAUUUUAACCCCUC